CUCUCUCUCUCUCUCACGCAGUCUCUUGCUUGCUUACGUAUACGUAACAUAUUACGUAGCAGACCUGUGGACGCGCUUCUCGGGUUCUCGCUCUCCCACUCUCCCGCUCUCUUCUGUUCUGUUUUGGUUACCCCUUUUGGCGCUACCUUACCUUAUUUGCCGACAUGACUGCGUUGACAUUGCUACGUCGAUCUCUUACGGCGGUCAGCUGCGCUGCUAACGCCCCCGCUCAUUUGUCCAAUUGGCGGUUUCUGCCGCCGCUUCAAAGGCGCCAAUUGCAUUGGCCCACUUGUGGGCGACCUGCUGCACUUUUGGCCAGCAAAACAACAGCAACACAGGCAGCAGCAGCUGCGCAGGCGCCAAACGCGCAUGCUAAUGCCAGCGACUUUUCCUCUACGAUCCGCACCAUGUCCUCCGCUGCUCCGAAACUUGUGGCCGUUGCCGAGUCGCGUCGCUUCAUGAUCGACUGCUUCAAGGCCGUAAAGGUGCCCCAGGCCCAUGCCGAGGCCCAGGCGGAUCUCCUGGUGGCCGCCGAUCACCGAGGACACUUCAGCCACGGCAUGAACCGCCUGGAGAUGUACAUCAACGAUCUGGCCAUUAACUCCACGGAUGGUGGAGCUGUGCCCAAGAUCCUGAAGGAAACCCCGGCCACCGCCUGGGUGGAUGGUUUGAAUGGAUUGGGCGCCGUGGUGGGCAACUACUGCAUGGAUCUGGCCAUUAAGAAGGCCAAAACUGUGGGCGUUGGCUGGGUGUGUGCCAAGGGAUCGAACCACUAUGGCAUGGCUGGUUGGUAUGCCAUCAGGGCCAUGGAGCAGGGUCUGGUGGGCAUGUCCAUGACGAACACCUCGCCCCUGAUGGCGCCCACGCGCGCCAAGGAGGCUGCCCUGGGCACCAACCCUCUGUCCUUGGGCGCCAAUGCCACCAAUGGCGAUAAGUUCCUCCUGGACAUGGCCACCACCGCCGUGGCUGUGGGCAAAAUCGAGAUCCAGCGCAGGAAGGGAGCUCCCCUGCCCGAUGGCUGGGCCCAGGAUCCCAAUGGAGCGGUGACCAACGAUGCGGAGCUGGGCUUCAGCACUGGCUGCCUAAUGCCCCUGGGCGGAUCCGAGCUGACCUCGGGCUACAAGGGCUAUGGCCUCGGCGCCAUGGUGGACAUCCUGUCGGGCGUUAUGUCCGGCGCCAACUACUCCACCCAGGUGAGGAAGUGGACCCACGCUGGUGCCGAUUCCGCCGCCGAUCUCGGCCAGGUCUUCAUCGCCGUGGAUCCCAACUGCUUUGCCCCCAACUUCGAGGAGCGCAUGACUGACUUCAACUCCCGCCUGAGGGGCACUACGCCGACCGAUCCCAGCAAGCCCGUCUUGUUGGCUGGAGACAAGGAGCGAAACGGAAUGGCUGACGUCGAUGCUGCCGGCGGUAUCCAGUACCUGGAGAAUCAGCUCAAUACCUGUGCCAACCUGGCCGAAAAACUUAAUAUCAAGCCCCUGAGCUUUGUCUAAACUCGAAAAUUCUGGAUUUAAAAUAGGGAGCCAAGCUCACCCGAUGCCAUAUGCUGGAGAAGCCUCUGCAUUUCGACGGACCAAAGCACUAUGUUACUUUACACUGCAAGAAAUAUUGAUAUUCGCAACAGCUUGAUUUGCGCGGGUGCUCAUUUAUAGUUUGUUACAUAUCCCCGUGCACUUAAAAAAUAUUUCUAGUUUUCUAGAAGGCUGUCCUAGCUCUUAAAUACAGAUGUUAAUUUGUUUUCGUACAUUUUAAAAUCGAAUUAUCAAAAAACAUUUUUUACGAUCUAUGGCAUUCUUCUAGUAAAUUAGCAAUAUAAAGUAGAGUAAAGACUUGCAGCUUGCACUUUUAUUAUAAGUAAAGGGACGUCUAAAUUUCUUUUUAGAAAACUAUUUGUUGUACAAUAUAUCGCUUUUGACACUUAAAGAUAUCCAAGUUGUGUUCAGCAAUUACGUAAUUAUUAAAAUGAUAAAUGCUCGAUGAUAAA